UAACAGUCCACAAAUCAGCGGCGAUAGCAGCACAUGCCAGCGGCCUAGGCGUGUCUGCAGUGCUCCAAUCUCUGUGUGACUGCCUGCUAGACAAACGGCAGCGCACGCAGCUGCACGAAGUGUCCCUUCAGCUGCGAACAACUUGGAACACGACCCGUGAAUCAUGCCUGUAGUUCUGUAUCACUGUCCUCCCAGCCCACCGUCCAGAGUAGCCUUGACUGUUGCUAAGGCUCUUGGGAUCGAUGUCACCGUCAAAAUCAUCGAUCUGUUCAAGAAUGAACACUUACAAGAGGAGUAUCUUAAGAUAAAUCCAGAACAUACGGUACCAGCCAUGGACGACAAUGGUUUGAUUCUUCACGACAGCCACGUAAUCGCCACUUACCUGGUGUCACGCUACGGAAAGGAUGAAUCUCUCUAUCCGAAGGAUGUGAAGCAGAGGGCGCUGGUCGACCAGAGACUGUAUUUCGAAGCGACAGUACUUUUUCCUCGUCUAAGGGCUACAACAUAUCCGGUUUUCUUCCUGGGGAAAAGAAAUGUGGAUGCGGACGCGAGAGAUGCCAUAUACGAGGCUCUUGGAAACCUGGAGAAGUACCUUGAGCCAAGUGGAUGGGUAGCUGGAGACCAUGCGACCGUGGCCGACAUAUCCUGCUCGGUUACAGUUGCCAGUCUGGAGGCGAUAGGAGUGGACAUGAGUGCUUAUCCUAAGAUUCGUGACUGGCUGAAACGCUGCAGAAGCACAUUCCGUGGCUACGAGGAAGCAAACGCGGAAGGCGAAAAAAUUAUCGGAGACGGCAUCAAGAGCCUCCUGGGGCCCAAGGCAUACUUGAGAUAGGUGUAACAGAUUGUAACACAUCUGACUUUUAAUAAAAGGAACUUCAUGAAUUGCUACGGCAGUGCUGUCAGUGCUUUAUUCUUGCAAAAAGAUUUAGCUAAAAAAAUCUUUAGACUGUGCUGAGAGCAGCGCUGUCCCUGUUUUAAAUGAAUGAAAAUAUGUCUACAGUGACUCAAAGAUGUAAGUGAGAUUUGUUAAUAAACGAAAACAAUUCCUGUUUGUGCCCAUGGUCA